AUGGAUGAGGCUCAGAUGGUCAGUGUCAUCUUGCAGGCCCAAAAGGCCGAUUAUUUCCAAAACAUGAUGUCUGCUAUGGGCAAACCGUUCGCAGAGGCCAUAAAGAUUGGAGAAAUGGUAGAAAAUGGUUUGAAAACAGGUCACAUCAUGAGUCAAUCUGCUAUAAGAGCCACUUCCCAAGCCAUCCAGAGUGGUUCGGGAGGUUUAGCAAACUGGAAAAAGAAAGAAGAGGGAGCCAUGAUGGCUUCAAGCUUAAGGAAUUCCCGUCAACCCCGAGGUUACUUUGGUUCCCCUCCCAGGCCCCCGCAACAUUACUACCCCCACCAGGAUGCAGCAUAUGCUAUGACCCUUCAUCCUUAUGCAGUAAUGAACGCCCAGCCAUACACUCGGCCACAACAACAUUACAAUCAGAACCGAGCUCCACCUCCAAGAAACAACCCUCCUCACCAAGCCCCGUAUAAUCCACGUCCACCACAGAAUAAUUACCAAUAUAACACCCGUCCCCGUGAACCACCCAGAAAAGCUAACUUCAUACCCAUUGCCUGUACCUCCAAACAGGCAGAACCCAGAAUUGUCGUCCUACCGUCAGGUACCAGAUGCGCUUAUCACUCAGGGGCGGAAGGGCAUGACACUGAAGAUUGUUGGAACCUUAAGAGAGCAGUCGAGAAUCUGAUAGAACAGAAGCGGGUAGUGUUGAGGGAUGAGGAAGUCCCCAAUGUAACUAACAACCCAUUGCCGGCUCAAAACAACGGGCCGGUCAUUGGGAUGAUCUGUGAGGACAAAGAAUUCAACGUAGCUUUGAAUGUUAUAAUUGCUAUCACCGACUUAGAAAAGAAACCCAAAGCGGUAGCAAAACAAGCUAAAGAUGAGAAGAAGAUCAACUCCACUCCCCAAAGCUCAGAAAAGGUUGUGGAAACAAAGACAGGGGCAGCACCUCCUAAAGAUGCCAUUCUCUAUGUUCCUAGGGCCCCCAGAAAGGAACAAUUCGUGUUGAGCUCUCCCAAAAGGCUUGAGCAAAACAAAGUCACGCUGAAGGUACGAAAGAUAUACGUACCAAAGGGGACAUAUAUGGCGCGGGGGCCGAUAAUUUCACCCAGGCUGACUGAGCCCGUGGUUAUUAGCCGCGUACCACAGAAUCCCAUGAAAGACCCCACUGCCAUCCCUUGGAACUACAAUAAGGCAGUGGUCACAUACAAAGGAAAGGAAAUCAUGGGAGAAGUAAAUGAAACGAACCAAUCUGGGAAGUACCUCAACAUGGAAGAAUUGAACAAAACAAAGCAGAAGCGUUUUUCGCUUAAAAGGCCAGUCAGUGCUAAAGAAGCUGAGGAAUUUUUUCGAAAGAUGAAAACCUCGGACUAUGCUGUAAUUGAUCAACUUAGAAAGACUCCCUCCCAGGUCUCACUUUUCUCCCUGCUGAUAAGCCCGAAUGAGCAUUAG